CGCCCCUCGCCCCCUCAUUUCCACACCCUCAUUCUCACUCGCUCCCUUCUCUCUCUACCUCUUGCUAUCCAUCUCUCUUCUUCUCAUUGUGCCUUCAGCAUAGGAAGCUGAAAAUGGGGUUUCUUGGUGUUUUCAUGGUGGGUUUUCUUGCCUUGUUCACCUCUGCUAAAGCAGAUGGGUGGGGUUGGUCAGGUGGCCACGCUACUUUCUAUGGUGGUGGUGAUGCUUCAGGCACAAUGGGGGGAGCUUGUGGCUAUGGAAACCUCUACAGUCAAGGCUAUGGCACAAACACAGCUGCUCUUUCCACUGCUCUCUUCAACAAUGGCCUGAGCUGUGGUUCUUGCUAUGAGAUUAAAUGUGUAAAUGACCCAAAAUGGUGCCUUCCUGGUUCAAUUGUGGUCACUGGAACUAAUUUUUGCCCCCCAAACAAUGCUCUCCCUAACAAUGCAGGGGGAUGGUGCAACCCACCUCAGCAGCACUUUGAUCUCUCUCAACCAGUCUUUCAACACAUUGCUCAGUACAGGGCUGGGAUUGUGCCCGUUGCGUUCAGGAGAGUUCCCUGCAGGAAGACAGGAGGUAUGCGUUUUACCGUCAAUGGCCACUCUUACUUCAACCUCGUCCUCAUAUCAAACGUUGGUGGCGCCGGAGAUGUUCAUGCCGUUUCCAUUAAAGGAUCGAGAACCGGAUGGCAGGCGAUGUCCAGAAAUUGGGGGCAAAAUUGGCAGAGCAAUGCUUAUUUGAAUGGGCAGAGCCUCUCUUUCAAGGUCACAACCAGUGAUGGACGGACUGUUGUUUCCUAUAAUGUUGCCCCUCCAAAUUGGUCCUUUGGCCAAACUUACAGUGGUGCUCAAUUCCGUUGAAUCUCAUUCUCUCUCUAAAGCUAGCAAUCCAUGAUAUAGUAUAGGGUUUCUCGUUCUCUCUCUCUAAAGCUAGCAACUCACGGCCAAAAUAUAGUCCAAAUCCCAUUUUCUCUCUCUAGUUCUUGCAAGCGAUGGCCAGAAUAUAGUUCUGCCUUUUAAUCAGUCUCUAAUUUAAAGAGGGCUUAUUUUUGAGAUGGCUCUUGUUAUUAUUUGUGAUUUGUUUUUGGUUUUUGAUUCUUGGCCUUGGUUAAAAGAGGCCGUAAGUGUUGGGAAGAAUACUGUAUUGUAUUGUAUUGUGGCAUUGAAGCUUUUAGGGUAGAAUUUGGCAGAGGUGUACUCUUGCCACCCGCCAUUAGUACCUACGAAUCUCUCUCUCUCUACAAAUCUGUACUCUCUCUCUAGAGAGAGAUUGAACGGUGGCCCUUCUUUUCUGUUUUUGGUUUUUGGUUGAAGGUUGUAAGUUGUAAUGAGGUCAUCGUAAUCAACUCCUUGCUGAGUAUAUAGAGGCUGUUAAGGCUGUAAAUUUGUAACCAACUUCUUGAGUAAUGAUAUAUAUGUUUAAUGCUUC